UUCAAUUCGUAAACUUGUACCACAUACUUGAAAUUACACAACUCCAAUUUUAGCAAAAGCUAAAAGCUUAAUUAACACACUCUCUUCCUGGUCCUUAUCCUUUAAGUGCGUUAAUGGAGAGUGCACGUUUGAUCCAAACAUCCCUUUUGGUGUUUCUCUUGCUCGCGUUGAGUGUUUCUUAUGUACAUUGCCAAGCCACACGUGUUGGGUUCUACUCCAAAACAUGCCCUCGAGCUGAAUCUAUUGUUCGCUCAACCGUUCAAACACAUUUCAGAUCUAACCCCAGUGUGGCUCCUGGAUUGUUAAGGAUGCACUUUCAUGACUGUUUUGUGCAGGGUUGCGAUGCUUCUGUACUUAUUGAUGGGCCUAACACUGAGAAAACAGCCGGACCUAACCUUGGUUUGAGAGGAUAUGAAGUUAUUGAUGAUGCUAAGACUCAGCUUGAAGCUGCAUGUCCUGGCGUUGUUUCUUGUGCUGAUAUUCUUACCCUUGCUGCCCGUGAUUCAGUUGUUUUGACUAAUGGACCAAAUUGGCAGGUGCCAACCGGACGCAGAGAUGGCCGGGUAUCAUUGGCCUCUGAUACUACCAAUUUGCCUGGCUUUACAGACUCCAUUGAUGUGCAAAAGCAAAAGUUUUCAGCUAAGGGUCUAAACGCUCAAGAUCUUGUUACCCUUGUUGGUGGCCACACCAUUGGUACUUCAGCUUGCCAGUUCUUCAUGUACAGACUGUAUAACUUCACUACAACUGGAAAUGGUGCCGAUCCUAGCAUCAAACCAAGUUUCCUCCCUCAAUUACGAGCACUCUGCCCACAAAAUGGUGAUGCCACAAGGCCUGUUGGACUAGACACUGGUAGCGAAAACAGAUUCGAUGCGUCUUUCUUCUCAAACUUGAGGAACGGUCGAGGAGUACUCGAGUCUGACCAGCAAUUAUGGACUGAUGCGUCCACAAAAACUUUAGUUCAGCGCUUUUUAGGCAUCAGAGGCUUGCUUGGGUUAAGCUUCAAUGUCGAGUUUGGAAGGUCCAUGGUGAAGAUGAGCAACAUUGGUGUCAAGUCUGGUACUGAAGGGGAAAUUCGCAAAGUGUGUUCUGCGGUCAACUGA